AUGGAAUUCAGGACAAAUCUCUCAGAGCUGCUCAAAUCAAAAGCAGUAAAGAGAUUUCCGAAAGAGAAUGAUGCUGAUGAUGAAUGCUUUAUUGUUAAAAUUAUUCCGACGAAUGUGAUUGGAUACGGUAUUAUGGAUGAUCUGAAUUCAGUUAUUGACAAAAUGGGUGAUGCUAGCUCGUUUGCCCAAGGUAUUCAUAUCCCAAUAACAAGUUCUACAAAGUUUAAAUCAAGUGAUCAUGAACUUUACAUCAAAGUCCAGGGAAAGAAAUGCUAUGGGUUCAUUAAAACUGGAUAUAAAAAUUUAUUUGUUCGAGAAUAUUCUACAUCAGCCAUGAUAAACAUCAAGCCUCUCUGCAUUCUCGACUUUUAUGUGAAUGAAAAGUGCCAAAGAGCUGGGCACGGAAAGGACUUGUUUGAUAGCGUACUAGAAACUGAAAAAAUUGAACCGAAAAUGCUUGCUUAUGAUCGUCCAUCUUUUAAAUAUUUAGCUUUUCUAAAGAAAUAUUAUGGACUUCAUGAUUAUUAUCCUCAAAGUAACAGCUUCGUAGUCUUUAAGGAGUACUUUGAAGCUCUAGCUGAGCAAGCUGAGGCUGAGAGACAAAAGAAAGAGGCUGAAUAUUCUCAAAGACAGCAGUACUUCAACCCCUAUGAUACCAAAGGUUAUGCAGCUAUUGGAAGAAAACAAGCAGGGGUCUUUACAGCAAUAGGUUCUGAAAUCAUGAAAAGAUCUGACUCCGUAAACAACCAAAGAAGCUAUACCUCUCCUUAUGGGCAUUUCCAAGAAGAAAAGAAGAGAAGCCCAAAUUUUUCAUAUAACAACUUUAAUAGAGCCCAUUCGUUGAUGAAAAGUCAAAAUAAUAAUUUUGGAAGAAAAGGAACAAUGAAGCUCGAAGAAGCCAAAGCCCCUCUUCCAGGAAGAGAUGAAAGACUAAGUAGAAGAAUUGAUGUUGCGAAAAAGCAAAAAGAUGUUCCUUACUCAAUGGUGAAUAUGAUGAGAGGUACAGGAGUUUUUCCACAUACUCAUAUUCAAAUUACGAAUUUUAAUUUAACGAAUCGGAGUGAUAAACUGAAUAACCCUAAUGCAGAGAUUCCAAAUCACUCAGGUAUGUACACUACUACUGCCAGCAGAGUGAACUCAAGGGUAAAUUUGAGUAACAAAAGCCACUGCCCUGCUCCAAUUCCUUUUAGUAAAGGAACGGUUCCUUUCAUGUGGGAAUAA